AUGGUGGCUCUGAAUCAGACUUUUGCAGAAGACCUGAGUGAUCGAGCUUAUCAGGCAAAUGGCAAGCGGCUGCCAGCUGCUUCUGCGCGUGCUUUCCCAAAUUCUGGUGGCUUUUCUGUGGCAAGAACAGCUCAACAGCCUUUCACAAGAGGGAUGACAGCAAAGAUGUCCACAAACAUUAACGCUAAUAGCGUUCUGCCUUAUAGAUCUCAGCUUUCCAAAGUCUCUCCAAAUACCCAAGCCAGUAAACUCCCCAAAGAAUCAAAGAUAGCGGGCACUGUUUUGGAAACAGGCAUGAUGAGUCCUGAUCUAGCUGCAGUGCUGUUAAUUACUUCCACUACAGGCCUUUCAAAACCUGAACCUGCUAUCACAAAUACAUCUGCUACUAGUAUCUUUGUAACUGCACUUCUUCCACUUGGAGAUGCAGAAAGUCCAGAUAUAACUGCAAAUAAAGACAGAAAUAUGAGAGUACCCACUGUUGUGACACCACAUACCGAAUAUUCACCUCCAAGAGCUUUACAUCAUUUUGCCUUUGGUCAGACUUCACGUUCAGUUGAUGGAAAGCAUCUUGCCUCUGUCAUGCCUCCAGCAUGGGUUACGUGGCCAUCACUGAUUUCUAAUGUGAUGGACAGCCAUGGCUCCAGCUUUUCUGGGUUUUCGAGUGUGGACUCUGAAAGCAAUUUAGAUCCUGUCAGCUCUCCUGAAGUCGCAACUUCAGCUUCUACGUGGACGAAUACAGCAUUGCUGUCUCCAGCUGGCAUUAGUAUUCCUUCGGUAAAAACUUCCAUUCAAAUGGCAGUAAGAGAAGUUCUUCCAAGUAAUUCUCUGUUGGAAACCAAGUACCAUGUACCAUACUCAGUAGUUUCAAGUCUGCAAGAGAAAAUGAAUACAAAUAAGCAGUCUCUCUUCUCCACUCCUUCAGCAAACUAUACAUAUGCAAACUCUAUUCAAAAUGUUUCAAAUUUACCCUUUGCUGGAACCAAGUCGAAUAGUUUUCCAGAAUUUGAUGUAGAUUCAUUUGCACUGAAAACAUCUCCUGCUCAGUAUUCGUCCCUUGCUACCACUUUGACAGUGCCUGACCCCCUGCAAAAAAAGCAUGGAAGCACAGCUGAAAACGUUGCUAAUUUCUUCACUGUUGGAGACGUUAAUAUCAGUAUACGCUACGAAACACCUCUCCAUUUACAUGUACCUCCUGCUAAUGAUGCAGGUGCUUCCCCUAGCACUCUAGAAUCACAAACAACUGAUGCUGGAAAGAUUACUUUACUGACAAAAACCUUAGGCACAACACCAGCAUUGGCUUUUCAGCUCACUGACAACUUGACUUUUUCUGCCAGCUAUGACAACAGUGUCACCCACAGCACACUGCCAGCUGAGUCCCCCUUUCCCAUAACCAAGCCUUCUAGAUCAACCCUCUUGCAUAGUUUUAUUACAGAAGAUGACAUUGGUUCUGGAAAUUUACCAGAAUUUGCAAAUGACCAGUUAGAGUCCUCUGGUUAUUUGGUUACAGAUGAUAAAAAUCCAGCUACAUUUAUUGUGGAGGAGUGGGACACAAGUGCUACAAGACAUAAUCUAAUUUCCGCACAUGUACCAAGGCAGACAGAAACAACAGUAACUGACAGCCAGAAGUUCCCAAGCUCAGAAAUCACCAAAACAUCAACCCCGUAUCCACUGACAAUGACAGCAGCUUUGACAUCUAUUACAGCAUCAGCGAAAACAACUAGGCUUCCCCCUACUCCAGUGGAAAACACCUCUGCUCCUCCCGAAACCACGGCAGCAGCUGCCAGCAGUUCCUCCCUGGAUUGCCGGCUCUCCAGGAACCUUAUGGUUAAAACAGUCCUUUUUCUGAACACGAGGAGGAUGCUGAUCAGCAAUCUCUUCAAGGAGAGUGUGAGAAAAGGACUCAACCAAGUGCUGAGACAAGCUUUCAACCAAAAUGUCAGUGCUCAGGUUGAAAUCCUGGAGCAAUCAAAUAAUGUAACAGUUGGUUACUACGUUACACGGGGCAGACUGGUUUUUAUGCCAGCUGCUGUAAUUGAAAGGCUUCUUGCGUACGGCGUUAGCAAUGCCACAGCAGACAUAAAGCAGCACGUACCACAUCUGCAGUCCGUGGCAGCCCUGGCCUUGCCGUGGACGCCUCUUCCUGCGUACCACUUCCAGCUGAAAACAGAGCUGCAGUUUGUGGGUCAAACAGACAAUAUCCAGUCAUGCAAAUUUGUUCAGACUAUGGAGCAACGGUUACAGAGAGCGUUUCAGGAUGCUGAAAGAAAGGUCUUAAACACCAGCAACAACUUAACAGUUCAGAUUUUGAACACCUCCAACGUCUCCCAAGCUGUCACUCUGUUUUAUGUAGUGAACAAUCAAAGCACAACUCUAAAUGGCACUAUUUCCAGCAACCUUCUUAAUCAGCUGUCAGCUGAGCUGGUGGGCUUCUAUCUAACCUACCCGCCUCUCACCAUUGCAGAAUCUUUGGAGUAUCCAAACCUUGAUGUCUCAGAGUCAACUAGAGACUACUGGGUGAUAACAGUUAUUCAAGGGGUUGAUAUUGCAUUACUGGGACUGAACAAUCAGAGCUUUGCAAGAUUAAUGGAGCAGCGUUUGGCCCCGCUGUUUAUGAUGUCCCAUCAGCAAGGAAGACGAUUCAAACGUGCCACUACUGUGGGCAGCUACACUGUACAGGUGGUAAAAAUCCAACGUAUUCCAGGACCCAAGGAGCCAGCUGAACUGACAUACUACACUUUGUACAACGGGAAACCUUUGCUGGGCACUGCAGCUGCCAAAAUUUUGAGUACCGUUGACUCCCAGCGGAUGGCUUUGACACUAGGUUACGUUAUUCAAGUUCAAGCUGAUCCUGUGGUGAAGAACCCCCCGAACAACCUAUGGAUCAUUGCAGCUGUGCUGGCUCCCAUUGCUGUGGUUACGGUUAUCAUCAUCAUCAUCACAGCGGUUCUGUGUAGAAAGAACAAGAAUGACUUCAAACCGGAUGCCAUGAUGAACCUGCCUCAGAGAGCUAAGCCAGUACAAGGCUUUGACUAUGCCAAGCAACACUUAGGUCAGCAGGGAGCUGAAGAUGAGGUUUUACCUGUAACUCAGGAGACUGUCGUACUUCCACUUCCAGUUAGAGAUGGUCCUGCCUCCCAGGAAAGAGAAAUUACUCAGGAUGGGAGCACCAUCAAAACUGCCAAAUCCAAUGAAACAAGGAAAAGCCGGUCCCCGAGUCAGAACGGCUCCAUCAUCAGCAACGGGUCGGGAAAGCCCAGCUCCGGCCGCAGCUCCCUCCAGAAAGUAACGGCACCACAAAAGGUGACAAAAGAUGACGGAAGGAAAAGAAACGUGCCCAUAAGCGAUGAAGAGGAAGGAGGCAUGCUCUUUGAUAACAUUGCCAAAUCUGCCAUUGACCCCUUCGACACCUCUUCGGGAUCGGUACAGCUGAUAGCUAUCAAACCCGUGGCACUACCUGCUGUUCAUGCUGCAUCAGACAGGAGCCAGGAAUCUGCCAUCAUUAAUGGAGAGGUGAACAAGGCUUUGAAGCAGAAGUCUGAUAUAGAACAUUACCGUAACAAGCUGCGCUUGAAAGCCAAGAGGAAGGGGUACUAUGAUUUCCCACAGGUUGAUAACAACAAGGGGCUGACAGAGAGAAAAAGGAUGUAUGAAAAAAAUCAGAAGGAGCUUGACCACAUUUUGGAUCCAGAUGCAGAUGUCUCGUCUCCAUUUGCUGAGCCUAAGAACAGGCAACCAAUGAAGAACUCGGUAUACAGAAGCAGGCAGUCUUUGAACAGUCCUAGCCCAGGAGAAACUGAGAUGGAUCUUCUUGUGACUCGAGAAAGACCUAGGCGUGGAAUCCGUAACAGCGGAUAUGAUACUGAGCCUGAAAUUAUAGAAGAAACAAAUGUUGACCGUGUCAACGAGCCUCGGAGUUACGCCAGGUCCCGUCAGGCCAAAGGCCACUCGGAGACCUCAACUUUAAGUUCUCAGCCCUCCAUUGAUGAGGUUCGACAGCAGAUGCAUAUGCUCUUGGAAGAGGCUUUCAGCCUGGCCUCUGCGGGCCACGGAGGACAGAGCAGGCAGGAGGCGUACAGCUCAGCACCGCACUUGCCCUACUCGGAGGUUGUGACCAGUGCUCCUGGUACCAUGACCCGAUCUAGAGGGGGGGUACAGUGGGUACCCACAUACAGACCAGAAAUGUAUCAGUACAGUUUACCAAGACCAGCUUACAGAUUUUCUCAGCUUCCUGAGAUGGUAAUGGGUUCUCCUCCUCCUCCUGUCCCUCCCAGAACAGGUCCCGUGGCUGUUGCCUCUCUCAGGAGGUCUACAUCAGAUAUUGGCAGCAAAGUGAGAAUACCUGAGUCCAGUGGGGUAGAUCAGGCCCAGCAUCAUGAUCAGGCAUCUUUUGCACCUGGUUCGAGAGCUCCGAUGUCUGUUGGUCCACUUGAUCAAUCGGCUUUUCACUCAGGAAAUACUGUACCAGCAGUGUUUGCCAUACCAGCAGCAAACCGACCUGGCUUCACAGGCUAUUUUAUCCCAACACCACCAACCGCGUACAGGAACCAAGCCUGGAUGCCCUAUGCUGGAGAAAAUGAAUUACCAGGACAGUGGGCAGACUCAGUUCCACUACCUGGAUACAUUGAGGCUUAUCCGAGGCCCCGCUACCAACAUAAUUCUCCUUCACGACUUCCUCGCCAAUACAGCCAGCAAGCAAGCAUGCAUCCCAGCCUGGAACAAGCUCCUUUGCCGUCCACCGCAGCUUCUCAGCAGAGCCUGUCAGAAAAUGACCCAUCUGAUGCUCCUCUCACCAAUAUUUCUACAGCUGCCCUCGUAAAGGCAAUAAGAGAAGAAGUUGCUAAACUGGCCAAGAAGCAAACAGAUAUGUUUGAGUUCCAGGUCUAG